GGAAGGCGCGCGCAGCCCGCGGCCGCCGCACCGAGCAGGCCCUCGCCGGGACCCCAGCCGCCGCGCUCCUCCCCGCGGACCCCCGGGCGUCCGGCGCCGGCGCGGCGGCCUGUUCGCACUCGCCGAGCCGACCGCUGCCGUCGCUUCCGGUCAUUACGUGACCACCGGCUAUGGCCGCCGCGGGGGGCGCCCGGCUCCUGCGCGCCGCCUCCGCGGCCCUGGGCAGCGCGGCCCGUCGCUGGCUGCUCGUCGCCGGACCCCGCGCGGCCCCCGGCUGGGGCGGCAGCGCGGGGGGGCUGCCCCGGACGCUGAGCGUGUCGACGCCGGCGCGGAGCAGCUCAGAAGAUAAAAUAACAGUUCACUUUGUAAACCGUGACGGCGAGACAUUAACAGCCAAAGGAAAAGUUGGUGACUCUCUCCUGGAUGUUGUGAUCGAAAAUAAUCUAGAUAUUGAUGGUUUUGGUGCAUGUGAGGGAACCCUGGCUUGCUCGACCUGUCACCUCAUCUUUGAAGAGCACAUAUUUGAGAAGCUAGAAGCAGUCACGGAUGAGGAAAAUGACAUGCUCGAUCUGGCCUACGGACUAACAGAUAGAUCUCGAUUGGGCUGCCAAAUCUAUUUGACAAAGGCUAUGGACAAUAUGACAGUUCGAGUACCUGACGCUGUGGCCGAUGCCAGACAAGCUGUGGAUGCGAGCAAGAACUCCUAAGCCAGAAAGAAUUGGAAUAUUUUCACAAAAUUUUACCUAUUUUUAUAAUUAUUAUUUCUUAAUGUAAUUACAUGAGAACAUGGGUGAAGGGGUUUGUUAUUAUGAUUAGCUUUACCACUUUAAUUGACCUUACAUAACUGUUGCAUUUUGUAGUUCUGAAAGUAUGCAACUGUUAUUUUGGUUCACUUACAAAAAGCAAAUCAAAUAUUAGAAAAUAGUUAGUAUUAUAGAACCUUACAUAUUUUACCUUAUGUUUGUCUAACAACUCUAGCAAGAUAUUUUCACCUUAAUCUUAUUCCUAAUUACAUGUAAGAUUGGUUUAAAAAAGGUAUUAUUUUUCCCUUUUAGAUGUGGGUGAAGGCAGAGAUCAAAAAUGGCUUGUCUAGAGCCAUAGGACAAAUGAGAAAAUACGUACUAGAACUCGUAUCUUCUUACUACACGUUUCGUGUUCAGACUGAAACUAGAGAAAUUAGGAGUAUCUUAUCAACAGCAAUAAUUAAAUGAACAAAACUAAUCGCUCAGUAAACCGCUUAAUUUCAAAGACUAUCGCUGCCUCUCAAUAAAGAUUUCAGAAUUGUGAUCCAGUGAAAGUGUCUGGACUUCCUCACAGCUGGGGCCUGGUUUCCGAGAGCCAGCACCCUGCGGGGCUGCUCAGGGGCCAGGCAGAAGCUGCAUCCUGUCUGUGACUAGUUCUGGAAGUCACACAGCACCACUUCUGCCUCUCUUCUCAUGAGCAGUGAGGCACUGAGUCUGGCCCCUCGUUUGAAGAGAGUGUGUCAGAGAACUUGCAGACGUGGUUUAAAGCCACCACAGUAACCAUUACUUUGAGGUUAGCUUCUGGCACGUUACUGCCUGAGAAGACUGGCCUUCUGAUUUUGCUCUUACAUUGAUUUUGAAAGAUUCUUCUGUAUUCUUUAUUAUGAUGGUUCAUUGGUUUUCUUCUCUAACUCCCAAUAGUUUUCUUCCUGACAGUUGGUUAAAAUCAGAGAGAAUAAUGGUGGGUUCCCUUUCAAUGCUGUGUAAUUUUAGUUAACAUUUCUCUGCAUUUUGCCAUCAAGAAAGGCAGCUUCCUUUGGCAUAAUAGUAUGUAUAAUUGUUGGUUACAUGCUAACACUUAAUAUUGUAUUUCGUUUUCACAAAUAAAACCAACCUGUAAUUACAUAUGUAA